GCUUUUCGAAAUCGCCGCAAGGUGGCCAUGACUUCGCUGGAAUCGCGUAUACUGCUAUGGUGCAAUUUAACAAUACGUAAUGACUACUUUUCUGCUGUCUAAAAGGUUCAAAUCCUCACCUGUCAGGGCAUUCGUCGACCACAUAAUGUUCACUUCGCACCUGCCUUAAUCUGAACAAAGGAGAAACUUCACAGGACGGCUGCCAUCGAUCAUAUGCUAAUUGCAACUCAUGAUGCGCGUCAUCGAAAAUAACGACACGUCAAACACUGCAGAGUAUGAAGAGACUUGAAAGAGCGUGAUACCCAAACUCGAACGUUAGAAGUGGAUCUUGCAACUGUGGUAACCGUUAUCAAGAUGGCAUCUGCGAUCGGGCAUUUCCUUCUCAUCACUGUUCUGAUGCUUGUGGGAUGGGCGAAUAUACGAUGUUCGACGACUGAGGCACCGAAGAGAAAGUACUUCCUCCACGGCACACGGAUUACUUGGCAGCUAAUCCAAGAUAUGAGAAAAAACUGCACCACCUUAGAACAUUGGAGCUCCGGACCUCUCCAAUCCUUUUUGAACAUUUUUGGCCAGAAGGGAGGACUCGGGUCGACAUACAUAGCAACCAAAACGAUGACUGACAAUGCUAUGAAGUACACAGAGCUCUGCAUUAAUCCGCUGAUGGGCCCCAUACCACGGUUGCUUGCAUUUGUGAAAUGGAAUACGGAUGGAAACUUCAUAUAUCCAGGUACGAAAUGGUGUGGUGCUGGAAAUAUAUCCACUAAUGCAACCAAGUAUGGAACUGGUGAGUCGACAGACAAGUGCUGCGAAAAACACGAUAUGGCCACAGAUUACAUGUUAGCAGAGGGAUAUCACGAGAAGAGUAGGCUGAAGAAUCCGUAUCCCUAUACUAUAACGAACUGCUCGGAUGACAUGAAGCUCUUCAACUGCCUUUAUGAGGACAACUCCAGCCUUUCCUACGAGUUCGGCCAAGUAUUUUUCGACGCCGUGCAUGUUCCCUGCUUCGCACAUACAUAUCCGAUAGAGUGCAUAAGACACACAGGUAAUUGGCUAUUCGGGUAUAAAUGUGAAGAAUACGGGAUCAACAACAAAAAGCCGAAGGUGUGGCAGUUCCUUCCUCCUCCAAAUUUCUUCAAAGCCUACACAAGGAAAUGGUAUAACGACAAUUUCACAGUCACGUGGGACGACAGCAAUGCGUGGGAUCUAGUUUGCAAGGGGGAUCCUGAUAUGGGGUGCAAAAAUUACACCUUCAUCGAAAAUUUCAACUUACGAGAAAACUUCAGCCGAUACGCUGAACCGAAGCUUAUAGCAUCCUCAUAGCAUGAGCUCAUGCGUGCAAUAUUAAAGCAGUACGUGAAGGCACACACGA